GUUAUAAAGAUCUACGCCGGUGACACAACACGCGGUCACUUCUUCGAGAAUAAUCCACGAGGCUGAUUAAGGAGUGAUAAAACAGAGAUGUACCUUUCCACUUUGUCAGAUCACAUUCAUAGUUUUCCAGGAUAAUCCCCGCUAACGCCAGCUCUCAGCGUCGUGGUAAUGCGGCUUUGUGAGAUGAAAAGGAGAAGGUGUAGAUGGACGAUGCUCAAUCGACUGGUGUCAUCUUCCAAGACGAUCUUCUUUAUUACAGUCUCGGUUAUGCUCGUCGUGGCGGUGUAUUUAGUGGGGAGAUUAGAAACUGGCAAUCCCUCGACAGUGUUCCAAGUGAAAGAAAACUCCCAGUCAGGAAUAUUUGAGGAUAAAUCCAGUGUUGAAAACUCAGCGUUGGGUUGGAAUAGGGCCGUGAAAAGUUCAGACCUGAAAACAAAUGAUGAACACCACGACAACGAGGCGGAGAAAGAAAAAGGUUGGAGACGGGAAAAGGAAAAGAAGGGAAAGUUUGGAAAUUUUGACGAUAUGGAAAGUGCCAUUAACAGAUCAUUUGUUCAUGUAGAACUAACUUCGAGUGUGCCGCAAAAUAAAGAAAACAGUGCUUCGGCGGCAAACCUAUCAGCGCAACAUACAAUAAAGACAACAGCAAUACCAAAUGAAGGAAACGAAGAAAAACCCAAUCAAAUUCCUGAAAUAAGUACGACAAUGAAACUCGUGACGGCGUCAACAAGAGCAACAACAGUAAAACCAUAUGUACGUAAGGAAAUUAUAUUAUUCCCACCAAAAAGAACAAACAACGAAGUUCAGCAAAAGACAAUAAUUUCCAUGCAAGGAUCGGAGUCGGUCACACCUACUACAAUAUUGCAGCAUUAUCUUCUCCACCCGGAUACAGUGGUGAAUUUUGCUGUAUAUGACACGCGGUAUUCAAAAAUGGUGCGAAUCUUCGCUGCACAACCACAUGACGCUCUCCCCCUCGAGUACAGCUUUCAGGAAACAAAUCUCGGACCUGGAAAAUUGGCUAAAAGAGAGCUCGUCUCUCGCAGUGACACGUUUGAAACACAUUACGAUGUUUUGAAUUAUUAUCAUUU